AAAAGAAAAGAAAAAAGAAAAAAAAAAAAGGAGGAGGAGGAGGAGGGUGAGAGAGAAGCUGGGAGAGCAGAGAAAAGGGGCCACCGGUCGCCCCCCCGCUUCCCCGCACGCGCUCUCCAGCCGCGGCCGCCCGCCUGCCGCGGUCACCCCGGCCUCUGCCUCUGUCCCCCAGUGAUCGGAUCAAGGCGCUGAGCGAGGCCCUGCCUGCGGGGCGGCCAUGCGGCGGUGACAGGAGCGCGGCCGACACGCACGGGCCCCUCGCCCCCUCUCGCCUCCCGCCCGCUCGCCAGCUCCCCUCAGCCGAGGCUGCUCCGCUGCGGCCGCAGCGCGCGCGCGGCCCACACUCGCCUCCCCUCGGCACCCCCGGCCCCGGCGCUGCCUGGAGGCAGCCGCACUCGGGGAUCAUGGCCCAAGUUGCAAUGUCCACCCUACCCGUUGAAGAUGAGGAGUCCUCGGAGAGCAGGAUGGUGGUGACAUUCCUCAUGUCAGCUCUCGAGUCCAUGUGUAAAGAAUUGGCCAAGUCCAAAGCCGAAGUGGCCUGCAUUGCAGUGUAUGAAACAGACGUGUUUGUCGUCGGAACUGAAAGAGGACGUGCGUUUGUCAAUACCAGAAAGGAUUUUCAAAAAGAUUUUGUAAAAUAUUGUGUUGAAGAAGAAGAAAAAGCUGCAGAGAUGCAUAAAAUGAAAUCUACAACCCAGGCAAAUCGAAUGAGUGUAGAUGCUGUAGAAAUUGAAACACUCAGAAAAACAGUUGAGGACUAUUUCUGCUUUUGCUAUGGGAAAGCUUUAGGCAAAUCCACAGUGGUACCUGUACCAUAUGAGAAGAUGCUGCGAGACCAGUCGGCUGUGGUAGUGCAGGGGCUUCCGGAAGGCGUUGCCUUUAAACACCCCGAGAACUAUGAUCUUGCAACCCUGAAAUGGAUUUUGGAGAACAAAGCAGGGAUUUCAUUCAUCAUUAAGAGACCUUUCUUAGAGCCAAAGAAGCAUCUAGGUGGUCGUGUGAUGGUAACAGAUGCUGACAGGUCGAUACUAUCUCCAGGUGGAAGUUGUGGUCCCAUCAAAGUGAAAACUGAACCCACAGAAGAUUCUGGUAUCUCCCUGGAAAUGGCAGCUGUGACGGUAAAGGAAGAAUCAGAAGAUCCUGAUUAUUAUCAAUAUAACAUUCAAGCAGGCCCUUCUGAAACCGAUGAUGUUGAUGAAAAACAGCCCUUAUCGAAGCCUUUGCAAGGAAGCCAUCAUUCUUCAGAGGGCAACGAAGGCACAGAAAUGGAAGUCCCAGCAGAAGAUUCUACUCAACAUGUCCCUUCAGAAACAAGUGAGGACCCUGAAGUUGAGGUGACUAUUGAAGAUGAUGAUUAUUCUCCACCUUCUAAGAGACCAAAGACCAAUGAGCUACCACAGCCACCAGUCCCGGAACCCGCCAAUGCUGGGAAGCGGAAAGUGAGGGAGUUCAACUUUGAGAAAUGGAAUGCUCGCAUCACUGAUCUACGUAAACAAGUUGAAGAAUUGUUUGAAAGGAAAUAUGCUCAAGCCAUAAAAGCCAAAGGUCCGGUGACGAUCCCAUACCCUCUUUUCCAGUCUCAUGUUGAAGACCUUUAUGUAGAAGGACUUCCUGAAGGAAUUCCUUUUAGAAGGCCAUCUACUUAUGGAAUUCCUCGCCUUGAGAGGAUAUUACUUGCAAAGGAAAGGAUUCGUUUUGUGAUUAAGAAACAUGAGCUUCUGAAUUCAACACGUGAAGAUUUACAGCUUGAUAAACCAGCUUCAGGAGUAAAGGAAGAAUGGUAUGCCAGAAUCACUAAAUUAAGAAAGAUGGUGGAUCAACUUUUCUGCAAAAAAUUUGCGGAAGCCUUGGGGAGCACUGAAGCCAAGGCUGUACCGUACCAAAAAUUUGAGGCCCACCCGAAUGAUCUGUAUGUGGAAGGACUGCCAGAAAACAUUCCUUUCAGAAGUCCCUCAUGGUAUGGAAUCCCAAGGCUGGAAAAAAUCAUUCAAGUGGGCAAUCGAAUUAAAUUUGUUAUUAAAAGACCAGAACUUCUGACUCACAGUACCACUGAAGUUACUCAGCCGAGAACGAAUACACCAGUCAAAGAAGAUUGGAAUGUCAGAAUUACCAAGCUACGGAAGCAAGUGGAAGAGAUUUUUAAUUUGAAAUUUGCUCAAGCUCUGGGACUCACCGAGGCAGUGAAAGUACCGUAUCCCGUGUUUGAAUCAAACCCCGAGUUCUUGUAUGUGGAAGGCUUGCCAGAGGGGAUUCCCUUCCGAAGCCCUACCUGGUUUGGAAUUCCACGACUUGAAAGGAUCGUCCGCGGGAGUAAUAAAAUCAAAUUCGUUGUUAAAAAACCUGAACUAGUUAUUUCCUACUUGCCUCCUGGGAUGGCUAGUAAAAUAAACACUAAAGCUUUGCAGUCCCCCAAAAGACCACGAAGUCCUGGGAGUAAUUCAAAGGUUCCCGAAAUUGAGGUCACUGUGGAAGGCCCUAAUAACAACAAUCCUCAAACCUCAGCUGUUCGAACCCCUACCCAGACUAAUGGUUCUAACGUUCCCUUCAAGCCACGAGGGAGAGAGUUUUCCUUUGAGGCCUGGAAUGCCAAGAUCACGGACCUAAAACAGAAAGUUGAAAAUCUCUUCAAUGAGAAGUGCGGGGAAGCUCUUGGCCUUAAACAAGCCGUGAAGGUGCCGUUCGCAUUAUUUGAGUCUUUCCCAGAAGACUUUUACGUGGAAGGCUUACCUGAGGGUGUGCCAUUCCGAAGACCAUCGACUUUUGGCAUUCCAAGGCUGGAGAAGAUACUCAGAAACAAAGCUAAAAUUAAAUUCAUCAUUAAAAAGCCCGAAAUGUUUGAGACGGCAAUUAAGGAGAGCACCUCCUCUAAGAGCCCUCCCAGAAAAAUAAAUUCAUCACCCAACGUUAAUACUACUGCCUCAGGUGUAGAAGACCUUAACAUCAUUCAGGUGACAAUUCCAGAUGACGAUAAUGAAAGACUCUCGAAAGUUGAAAAAGCUAGACAGCUAAGAGAACAAGUGAAUGACCUCUUUAGUCGGAAAUUUGGUGAAGCCAUUGGUAUGGGUUUUCCUGUGAAAGUUCCCUACAGGAAAAUCACAAUUAACCCUGGCUGUGUGGUGGUUGAUGGCAUGCCCCCGGGGGUGUCCUUCAAAGCCCCCAGCUACCUGGAAAUCAGCUCCAUGAGAAGGAUCUUAGAUUCUGCCGAGUUUAUCAAAUUCACGGUCAUUAGACCAUUUCCAGGACUUGUGAUUAAUAACCAGCUGGUUGAUCAGAGUGAGUCAGAAGGCCCCGUGAUACAAGAAUCAGCUGAACCAAGCCAGUUGGAAGUUCCAGCCACAGAAGAAAUAAAAGAGACUGAUGGAAGCUCUCAGAUCAAGCAAGAACCAGACCCCACGUGGUAGACCUCUUCCCUCCUAGGAGACUUGUUGUACUGGAGUUUGCCUUACCCUGUCAGCUCAUGGACUUAAGGUUUCGUCCCGCUUUAUGAGCGCAUCUGAAUCCAAGUCACUGUCACCCGAAUUUGCAAAUUAAGUUGUGAUAUUCGUGACUGUUAAAUUCCUGUAAUUAGAUUAACCUGUUUGCUUGCUUGUUUGUUUUCUCUCCUAUUUUAGCUUAAAGUAUCAGUGAUUGAGAAGAGCUUUUCGGACGUGUUACUUCCCCAAGCUGUGUAAUAUACUUGUAUAACAGAAAUACCUUCUAUACAAACCUUUUUUUCUACUUUUAGAUAGAAAUGUCUACUUUUUCAGCAGUUCUGUGAAUUAAAGAGCAGAGUGACUGUGGGUCUGGAAUGGCUGGUGUACUUGGGAAUGCAUUAUCAGGAGUUUACAGCAAUGCUGGGAAACGACAGGGAAAAUGACAGGAAUGAAUCUCACCACAUUUUUUAUGUACUCAGCAGAGCCUUGAGUUACGGUGUUUAUUUUCCAAUCAAGUGAAGAUAUCUCCUACUGGAACAUCUCAGCUUCUGCAGUGAAGACAAAUUCCUGUGAUAGUUCAGUUCUUUAGUUUUUCUAUUUGGGAAAAAAAAAAAAAAAAUCAUUUAAAUGAUCUUUUGUUCACGGCUCUCCUUAAUGACUGAGUGAACAGUUCCUAUCUGUAUAUUUGACUAAACCUUUUCCUAAGCUAUCUCUCAUGGUUCCUAUGUUUUUUUUUAUCAUAAUUAAAAGCAAAACCAUCUGGAUCACCUAACAGUCAGAGGUCAGUAUCUCAGCGUGUGAAUUACAGAAUAAAUACAGAGAGAACCUCUUCCACUUUUACUUUUCGUCCAAAUAAAAUGCAUGGUGUACCAGAAGUUGAAGAUCGGGUUGAGGAUUGGGGCUAGCUCGAUGACACUAAGGCCCCGACAUCGCGGGACCUGCUGUGGCGUGGAUUCUUAGGAACGCGGUUCUAGCCGGCCCCCUCUCCAGGGGUCGCCGUGGCCGGCGUUACUUCCUAGUUCUUCUUGUAACCCUGAGGUGCCAGCACGGGGAGGGAGGAGGGAUCAGGGGGCUGAGGAUGCAACCUCUGACGUUCUGCGCCUUCCUAGGAGAGUCUUACAUGUGUUGAGAUUUCACAAGCAAUGCGAGUUGUAAAAUACCAGCUCUACAAGAAGCUAGGCUCUGUGACAGCAUAGUUCUCAGUAGCUUUAUCACAAUAUUCACAAUGGAGAAUUAUAUGACAUGGUAGCAGAAAUAGGCCCUUUUAUGUGUUGCUUCUAUUUUACCUCAAAUUGUAGAUAUAGGGUAAUCAAUAAAAUCCAUCCAUGCCUUUCACACACUAA